AUGGAGCACGUCCUGACGUUUCUCGUGCUCUGCACACAAGCCUCAUUCCUCGCCGCCGCCUACGGGCACGCUGGGCGAUGCGGCGACCUUGCGCACUUUAAGCACAUAUCCGCCGUGCUCGACGACAGCCGACGCUCGAGGCUGUGCGGUUUUAUUGGCGUGCUGUCGCUGUGGCUGCUCGUUCUGCUCGAGCUGACAAGAGAACUUCCGAUGCUUUGGUGCCGCCUCGCUCUUGCGGUGGCCACCGGGAUUGGAAUCGUGCUCACGUGCGCGGUGCGUGAGUCGCAUUACGCGAUCGCGCAUAGAAUCGUGGCCGCGUUGGCGUUUGGCAGCGGCACCCUGCUCGUGUGGGUGAUAGCAGCGAUGUCGGGCGCCGGCACGCGCGGCGCCAUGGCGCUCGGCACCGGGCUCUUUCUGACCGGCGCGGCGCAGGCCUGCAACCUGCUGGGCGAAUGCUGCGGCAGACAUGGACUCCUUCCGAGCCACGCUCUCGGCACGCUCGAGAUCCUCCUCGUCGUGGAGGCGAGCGGCAACGCGAGCUUUGCCUUUCGGCUAGCGUGGAGGGGCGGCGUCGCAGAGGAGUGGCAGGCUCGAAGCGUCGUCUCGCUGGAGUGA